UUUUUCAUGUGCAAGUAGGAUAAAAACUUCGUUCUGCUGGUAGUAGUGCACGCCUAAUCUAAGGGAGUAAACGUAGUGACGUCAUCGUUGAGCGCCUCUGCUGGCCUUCGAAAUGGGCUUGACUCCUGAGCCUUGAUUACUUCAAUUGUCCCCUCCGAAUAUCAACUUUUUAAUAAAGAAACUCCUGUUCGCGAUGACAUUUGGAGGUGGUUUGGUAGAUGAGGUGAACCAGGUGAUUUCAGAACUGGUUCCUGUGCGGGCUGACUGGCUUGCAAGUUUCAGUUCCUGUGCAGUACAAUAAAGCUACUGGCUUUGUCUGAGGAUAGCAAUGAAACCAGCUCAGGAGCGUAAUCAGGAGUGCCUGCCUCCUAAGAAAAGGGAUCUCCCAAUAAGUAACAGCAGCAGUGGAGCUGGAGGGACAGUGGGAGGUGGGGUUCCAGUCGGAGGGGCUAACAGCGGAGCUGGCAGUGCUGCUGGUGGUAUUGCAGAAGAGGAAGUGGUUUCCAUCCAGAAUUGUGGAGCCAGCAGUGAAACUCAGGGAGGGACCCCCUCUGGAGAGUGGCUGCGAGCUCAGCCAGGGCUUCAUUAUGGAGUGGAUAAUUCUGACAGCAUACCGGCAGUGCCCGUUGACCAGUACAGUAUGCUCUACAAAGUGGCCCUUCCAUCUGCUACCUACUCACCUACCAGUUUACACCCAGUGUUAAGCCACAUUUCUCCAGCCUAUACUGUACACUCUCCCCUCCUGCAGCAUCAUCCUGGCAUUCCCUAUCCCCCUCUUGGUUAUGCACAGAUCCCUCAUUCUUCUCUCCAGUUUGUCAGUUCCCCUUAUGCAGCAGUACCUUACGCGCUCCCCCCUGGUUUUGUCCCAGGAUCAUUAAUCUCUCCCUCAGGGACCAUCCCGCAGCCCCAUGCUGUGUCCCACCUUGUUCCCUACCCAUCUGUCAUACAAGAAGGUGUUGUUUCUCCACCUCCUCAGGCCCAGGUGGCUGCUCAUACCUUUGCCAAAGUUGCAGCUUCCAGUGGUGUCCCACUGAUGCUGCCCUCAGAGCAAGCUGCCCAGCAGCACCUUGGUACUGUUGGAGUCCUGCCUGCAACAGAGCUUAGCUCCCGAGGGAUGCCCAUCUUCUGCCACCCUCAGGGAGCAAGGGGUGUCACUGCUGUCAGAGACUGCCACAGUUCCCAGCAGGAGAAUGAAUUGGAGGUGAAUGGAGGGGACAAAGAGCAGGGAGCCAGAGAGGUUGUACCAGACUCGGUCUACACUGCCAGAAAUGCACGUCUACCACAGGUUGCAUCCAGCUCAGCAUCACAGGAGCACAGCCAAGACAAAGUCCUGCAGAACCGAAGACUGGAAGAGAGAAGUUCUCCUGGUCAGCGCAGCACUCCGGACAGUGACCUGGAGGUGCAGCAGGUGGUUGGGCGUUUGGUUUCCUCUAACCAAAGUGGUAUCGGAGCACGAAAAGAGGUCUCCUUUGCUCCCUUGAACCUCUCUCAGGGUGGCCACAGAGCCAGAGAUGUCCACGGAGAGAGUCCAGGUGUAAUUUCCAGCCGAACGGCGUAUGCGGUGCAGAACGCGAGUUACAGUGAUCACAGAGUCACCGCCCUCCAGCAGCAAGCAGGACAGCCAGGCCACGCUGUCAUGCUUGCCAAUGGGCAACCGGUACUUAUUCCCUUGGAGUGUCAUCCGCAUCAGCAACCACAGCAACACUACCCGGGACAGGCUAAUGAUGCCUCAGCCAGCCAUGCCUCUACCACACUGGCCUCCCCUAGCCCAAGCUUUAAAGCCUCUGAUUCUUCAGCCAGAGUGUGCCUCUCCGAAAGGGUGGAGCCAGUCACAGCUCAGCAGCAGCCUCACCCGCAGCCUCCAGUCCAGCCUACAGCAGAUGCGACUCAGGCCUUAACUUCAAGCCUUGCUCCCGCACCGGCUUCUUGCAACCCAUCGCACUUCAUGAAGGGGGCAAUUAUUCAGCUGGCUACUGGGGAGCUGAAGCGUGUGGAGGACCUGCAGACUCAGGAUUUUGUGCGUAGCGCCGAAGUGAGCGGAGGGCUUAAAAUCGACUCAAGCUUGGUGAUGGACAUCCGCGCCAGCCAGCAGAGACCCGGCCUGGUUUCACUUCAUUUUACUGUGGGGGAGCAGCAGAGCAAAGUGACCAUCGACGUGCCCCCGGAGCACCCCUUCUUUGUCUUUGGCCAGGGAUGGUCAUCUUGCAGCCCCGAACGCACGGCCCAGCUCUACGGCUUGGCCUGCCAUCAUCUACAAGUUGGUGACAUGUGUGUGUCCAUCACCCUGCAGCAGCAGCAGCAGCAGCCACCGCUUCCUCCACAACAACUGAAGCAACCACAGCACCAUCAUUCACAAACGCAACAACAACAGAACCUGUCCAGGACUAUAAGCAAAGCCAAUGCUAUAUCAGGACCUGGUCACCAGCUAAUGGGGCCUCCAGCCCCUCAGCAGUCACGGCCACCAUCUCAUUUCAGGUUGGACCGCAUUCACAGAGAAAGACAGAAGGAUGGAGAGAAAGAUUUGGCCGAUAAAGAGGAAGCCAUACAGCUCGGGGCUGUAGGCCGCACUGAGUCUCCCAUCAGACCAAGUAGGACCUCAGGAGAGCAUCCAAGGAGCCAGAGCAGUUACCACUUGCACACAGAAGGCUCUGCUUUUGCAGAGGCAGGGAUGGGAGCAAUGCAGGCUGCACUAGGUGCCUCACAGAGACGCUGGUCCUCGCCUGGCCUCCGGAGAUACAGUAUGAAGGGAGACGAAGGGCCACGCCCUCAGAUAAUCAGCUCCAGCCACACAAGGCCUUCUUUCAUCCCACAGGAGGUCAAACUGUCCAUUGAGGGGCGCUCUAAUGCAGGGAAGUAGCAUCACAUUUGGUAGCAACUAUAGAUGAGACUGCCACAAGUAAGAAUGAGUCUGACAAGGAGAGAAAGAGGGAAAAAAAAGAGUGUGAAUGUAUCCUCAGAAUGUUUGAGAUUUUGCACACCUAAAAUAUACAAAAAAAUGACCAGAUCUUUGUCUGUCUGGUGAGAAGUUUGAUUUUGUUCGAAUGCCACUCAGCCAAAAGAUGCAGACCUUUCGGUCUCCAGCCAGCUGAGUUCAUGGCGGCAAGGGAGGGGGGGGGCAUAAAAAGUGGAGUAGAAAGUAUGUAGCUGAAGAAAUGCCUACCAUAGAGUCCUUAUACGCUGCAUUUCUCUUCCUCCCUCCCUCCUCCCUCUCCACUUCCUCUUAACCAUACUUGGAGGUUUCCAUUGCAUUCAAAUCACUCUAGCUUCCUUUUUGACCAGACCGUCUCUUCAGAAGAACACAGACUACAGAAAAAUAAUAUACGUGUAUCGCAGUGAAACUACCAACCCUGCAAGUCGCGAUCUAUUAAAAAGAUCACCGCCAGGGAUCUUUAAUCUGCUUCACUGCUAAGAUCCUAUUUCUAUGAAAAG